GUCUCAAAAUUCCGACCCUUUGUGAAACGCGAAAUACAAGAGAGGAAGACGGGCCUCUGCAGGACGAUGGGAAUCCCCAAACUCCAGGUCCCCACUCCCAAAGACUUCCUCCAGAAGCAGUCGAAGACACCCAUGCUCCCAAAGCGAAAAAGAGCCCCUGGCGCCAAGAAGCCGGUGGAGCUUCAUGUGCCAAAGAGGACCGACCACCCGGUGAUGGGCGUCCGGACCACAAAGGACUUCAUCUCCGCCAACAUCGCGGAGGCCAUCAUGGCGGUGGCCAAGAAGCCCCUCCACGCCUGCGUCGACGUCCGGAAGGGAGACAAGUUCCUCAUCGAAAACUCCGGACUGGUCAUAAAAUACCGCAACAAAAAGGAUUUUGGCACCACACCAAGAUACCUUAAAAAGAAGAAGAUGGAGGCCCAGCGUGCGCAGGAGAAGAGCGAGGCCUACGUGCGCCAGACCCUGCGCAAGGGAGGCGUGACGCAACUCUCCAAGGAGGAAAGGGAGAGAAUGCUGGAG